AUGCCCGAACUUGCCUCAACGCGCAAGACAACCACCGACUCGAGAAAAGACCGCCAGAAUCCUAAGGCUCGUGAUGUAGGGAGGAAAGGCACAACCAUCAUUGGGCCUGCUACAAUUCAGGAUCGCAUCCUGAAGUGGCAGUCCGUCAACGAAACCGCCGCUGUCGACCCUGAUGCUCUCAGCUUUUGUCGAACACCUGUUCGCCAGCGAUCGCCAUCAGCAGAGGCCCCAACCGAGCAGCAUUCACAAUCCACACCUCGAAGGCGGAGCACGAAAUGGGUUCAGCAGCAGAACCAAGCAUGGGUGAAGAAGAGACGGAGCACAAGAGGUGACCAGAAGAAUACCAGCAACCAAAAAUCAGCUCAAAGUGUUCCCAAACCAGAGAGUCCCCCUCAGGAAUCACCACAUGACACCAGCAGUCAACAAGCUCGCAAUGUCAACAGUAGUCGUGCUGAAAGAGAAGAGCGCCGAAAGCGCAGGAGGGAAGCUCGUGCUAGAGUUAGCGGUGAAAAUGCUCUCGUCGAGGAUGGCAUUCGUGUUUAUGCAAACCCUGAAUCUAGGCUUGCCUCGGAAAUCAACGACGCUGGACAUGCAUCAGCACGAAGCAUGGAAAGUGCAGAAGGGGAGGAACCGUCAGUGUCGGAGCAUGUAGGUCGACUCAAUAUAGAACACAAUGGGAUCCUGUCGAGCGAGCAAGAUAGGCCAAUCACUCACCAGGCUCAACCCAGCAGAUAUGCGCAGACACUGGGUAGGUCGCCGUUGAACGAAGAGACUGCAGAGCAACCUAAAACUCGAAAGCGAGCAGUUCUGAUCAAGACGAGAGAAAUACUUACCGGUCGGAAUGACCUGCCACCUGCACCGACCAACCGCAUUCCAAGCAUUGAAGCAUGGCUUGAUGACCAGCCUCACCUGACAGACCCCUUUGUUGAUGCCGAGCCCGUCAUUACGCCUCUUCCCAGCGACAUUCCAAAGCCUCUGAAACACCGUUCAGGCCACAAAAAGGCUUCCGUCAAACCAUCAGAACCACCUAUACUCGAAGUGGAGAAUCCGAACAAAAUCUGGGAUGCUAUCAGUCCACCCUCACCACUGGGGGUCCGCGACAGUGCGCCGAAUGUAUCACGUAGGUUAUUCAGCUUCGAGGUAUGUGACGAUUCAAGCAAGGGCGUGAAUUCCGCGCCUCCGCAACCCGAUAAUCUUGCGCAAGGCAAUCAUCAUACAUCAAACACGCGACUUACAGAUGAGAGGUCCACUCGUAGGCGACGUGAACGCAAGCAGGACGAAACACCACCACAAGAGAAGCUAUCUCCCGCCGAUCUCAAUCGGCAAGACUCCAUCCAACCGGACCGUGACAUUUCACCAAAGAAGUCGCAACCUUCGAUACCUGUUGAGAAUUUUUCUAGAGCGAGCAAAGCUCUCGAGCAAGAGGAUGUCGAUAUUCCACCACUUCGACCUUCCUCGCGAGGCCUAAAGAGAAAGUUGACUACACACGAGGAUCUGCUCUCAGUCCUAUCACAGCCACGAGCCACAAAGUCUACACGGUCAAUGCGAGAUGCAGCGCAACCGCAAACUGCUUCAACUGCAACCGUCAUUCACGAAGCAAUGCGAGCCUUGCAAGAAGAAGAGCCUAAAUACACACGAGAGCUGAGGACUCUAGUUGAUGGCGUAACACCCGUCUUGCUGCAAUCACUGCUGUCGAAAGCGGAUGCUGCGGCUACUGCAGGUCUGUUCUCUGACAACAGAGUAGAUGAUGCCAGCUUCACGCGUCCAAUCAUUGAUAUGGGCGUGGCCUUGCAGCGUCUGAAAAACCUGCACCACCGCAUCCCGCUUCGGGAUCAGGAUGUUGAGGGAUUGUUGACCUGGGCCGUCACCGCUCACAAAUCAUAUUCAGAUUAUGUGAAGGCCUGGAAACUAGGCUUUCAAGACGUGAUCGUGAAUCUUGCUCCGUUGCAUGAUGCCCAAUCGACAGGAGAGGACAUGUUAGCGAGAGACAUCGAUGGCGAUGCGAUGAAUGAGCAAGGACAAAAGGUGGAUGUGGCAUACCUGCAAAAACGUCCUUUGGUUCGUAUCAAGAGAAUGUACAAGAUCUUCACAAGCAUUCAAGAUGCCAUGCCAAACCACGAAAAAGCGAACAAAGUUGCAAACAUGUUUGCCGACCUCACCGAGAGAGCCAAACAACGCCACGGCGAGGAGCAAGGUCGGCUAGAGGACGAGGCGGCAGCUGCUGUUGACCCGACAAAGGUUCGAGACAUAAAGACGAUGGCUCCCUUGCAUUCGGUCGUUGUCGAUAAGAAGCGGAAGGUUCGAGCAAGGGACUAUUUUGAUCUAUCAGUAUAUCAUUCUACUGGACAACGUUUGGAUUGCAAAAUCGAGAUAGUGCUUAGAGACGAUCCGCUUCCUGGUGGCAACGGCGGAGACAUUCUCAUCUGUCAUGUCGAAGAAGAGUCCAAGUGGUUGCUCUUUCAACCAAUACAGCUCACUAACGUGUCAUCAAGAAGAGAUCAUGCAGAGGAUGAGCUCGUGCUGAUGGUCAAAGGGGUUGCAGGUAUUGGAACUACGUGGCUCGAGCUACUAGCGUUGAGAGCUGAAAAUUCAACAGCUGCUACGGAGUGGCUGCAUAUGCUGGGCUCGAAUCCUCUUCCUUCAAAGCUAAACCAUUCUCCUAGCUGGCACGUACCGAUUGAACCACAAUGCAGUCCACGGCCGUUUCCAGCCAGUCCAAAGCCACUGCUCAAUGCGGCAGCUUUAGCCAACUUGCCCUCAGACAUUGAUGUUCCUAUCGGCGAACCGUCUGUCGUUCUGACCAGAAGGCCACCGCAGGCAAAAGCAUCGGACCCGAAGCAAACCGAGCGCAACAUCAAGUUGAGUAUGGGCGGAGGCCUGCAGAAGCGUAGUCUGCCUGAACACUAUCAUCACGCAGUUACCACGAAUCAGACACCCACACGAUCUCCAUUAAGUUCGCCUGGACAUUCUGUUGUAUCAGCUCAUGCUCGUGACCCCUCCGUAAUAUUGCGAUCUUCCAGGAAAACAGACAUCCGCCGUGGUUCUACCAACAUUCAUCCAGAGCCGCUGGUUCCUCAGCAACAGUAUUCUUCACAGACAAUUUCUCAACAAAGCCACUAUACUACCUCUUCAGCUGUCCAACGUAUGACUAGGGACUCGACAAAGCAGAAUAAUGUGGAGGUGCAGCAUCAGCAGAUCCGGAGCAAUAUUAUUGAUGUUAUCGAGGCUCAGCAAAGUCGGGUGUCUGAACCUUUGAUGUCUGGCGCGCUUAACUCUGACAUAGCGAUCGUGACACCAGAUGCCAAAGGUCAGAACGCGACAACUUCACAGCAGAACCCGAGUGAGGAAGUACCACAUAGUAAGCACUCUCGAACGAAGUCAUCUACACCUUUGACCGAGACGAUUCGAGAGCAGUGGGCUUCCAUAACCGGUUUGCGAAGGAAGCCACGAGGCAGUUCAAUCACACAACAUGAGAAUCGGCCGACUUUGGGUUCAUUACUUGAUAAUUCGAUUUCUUCACGCCCGUCAUCGAGGCACGAAGCCUCUACAUUGCAAAGCCAGUACGCUCCUGCGACUCCCCCACCCCCACCGGUGCAUGGGACACCCUACAACAUAUCUUCGAGUCCUAAGGCGGCGAAACCAGCCGUCGUACCUUGGACUGGAACAGAUGGUGUUCAAGCUAUAGGUAAGCCCGAGCAUCAAGCAUCUAGUGACGAAAGUGGUACAGAGUCAGAAAGUGAUGAAACCGACGCCACGUCAGAGAUGUCCGAAGACGACUUUCGAUCAGAACUCAAGGACGAGCCAACUUCUUUGGUCAAUGUCAAGAAGAACAGUGUUUGGCUAUCUCAUGGGGGGUCGAAAUCGCUCUCAAGUCCUCCAUCUACUGGAGCAAAGACAUUAGAUCCAUCUGACUCCGCUUCAAAUGGACCAUACAGACGAGCCCCACCACCAUCCUCCUUCCCGGCAUACAAGAAAAAGCGAACAAUCGCAAUGGUCUGUUCGUGGUCAGAUCGAGGCGUUUGGGAACCGAUUCAGGAAGAUGAGUGCUCAAUUGUGAUCUCACCUGGCCUUGUGCAAGCUUUUCCUAUGAGUGCUGCACAUUCACAGCCAAUGAAUGACGCUGAUUGGGAGAUGGGCCAGAAUGAAGCUGCAGAGAUCGCGAACAAGUCGCCACUCGUGGAGUUCGAGCUUACACCUAUAGUGCCACUGAGGAAGGGCACAGCGCUCGACAUCACUAUCAGGUCACCACCGACGCUAAACUCAACCAUCCGCACGACCAGCAAUAUUAUGUUCAGAUCGAGGACUGUCCAAGAAUGUGAAAAGUUAUACCAGCUAAUCAAUUGGGCCAGAUGCAACAACCUGACGUAUGCCCAAUUGGCUCGAUCCCGAGCGCGGGAACAAUCCGUUAGGUUUGUACCUGACGCACCUCAGACUCGGACUCGAUCCUGGUUCAGCUUCGGGUCGAAAGAAAAGAGCAGUUACCGUGCUUCCUCGAGACCUCCAACGUCACUUGCUGAUACGGCCACAAGCGGUAACAGCGCGACUAGUGCAUUCUCCGCUCUGAAGAAGUUUGGUAUGAACUCUCCAUUCUCAAUCAAUCGAUCUUCAGUGAUUCGCAGGCCAGGUUUUGCUGUGACCGGUGAUUCUCUGUAUUCCUCCAGCAAUAGCGGUAUAGGCUCUGGUGCAAGCACACCCGUGCCAGCCAGUCAAGCUGGAUUCAUCCCCGGACCAGACGGGCCAAAUGUGCCGCAAACAAGUGCUGAAGCAGCCAAUGGGGGAGGUAUGGUCAACAACAUGAAGAUUCGGCUGUUCGUUAGGCAAGGACAGAAAUGGGAAGCUCUUGGACAAUGUCUCCUCACAGUCCUGCCUGCCGCAAUUACAGUAAAGUCACAACAUCCGACUCCUGGAACGUCGACAACACCACGUCCGUACCCCCCUUCAGCAAUGGUACAGCCGCGGGGCCAACAUUAUCGUCUUCCAUCAUCGGGUAGCACACCUCACAGACUGCAUGGAGAUGGUCGAGAGAAACGUAUUCUGAUUACUGCUGCCAAGAGGAAAGACGUUGUAUUACUGGACGAGACACUGGGAGAAUCGUGCUUCGAGAAGGUUAUGCAGACAGGUAUUGCUCUGAACGUCUGGAAGGAAGACGAGGAAAUUAAUCAGUUCGGUGGUGUAAUGACAGGGAGAUCGAGGACAUAUAUGAUUCAAUUUAGGACAAGUAUGGAGGCAAGCUGGGUGUUUAAUAUGUGCGGCACGUAUAGGUAUGGGACUGGGCCCGCAUGA